AUGGCGGAAAAUCGGGCGGAGGCGCUCCAGCUGGAGCUGGAGACGCUGAAGGAGCAGUUGGAGGAGAAGAGCAUCGACUACGAGCUGCUCCGCUCGGAGAUUGAGGACAAGGGCGCGGAGGGGGCGGCGGGCAGCUUCCAGGUGAAGCAGCUGGAGGAGCAAAAUGCCCGGUACAAGGAGGCGCUGCUCAAGUUCCGGGACCUCACCUCGACGGAUCGCAGCAAUAUGGCCCUCCUGCAGAAGGAGCUCGAAGCAAAAGCUGAAGAGGUGGCCGCGCUGCAGGCGCUCAAGGAGAGAAAUGGCAAGGAGAUUGCCCGCUACGUGGAGACGGUUCAGGAGCUGACGGAGCAAGUGGACAUGGCCCUCGGCUCGCAGGAGAUGGUGGAGAAGCUGACGGAGAAGAACCUGGAGCUGGAGGACCGCGCCGAGGAGCUGCAGAAGGCCCUCGACGAGGAGGAGGGCAUCAAGGAGCUGAGCAAUAUGAUCCUCGAGGAGAAGGACGACAUCAUCGCCGACCUGCGCGAGGAGCUCGACCGCUGCAGGACGCAGCUGGUCAACCUUCGGAACAGCUACGUCGCCGCCCAGGAGGCGGUCAGCGACCACGAGGGGACGAUCAAGAAGUUCCGCUCGGUGGUGGCCGCCCUGAGGGAGGAGAACCACCUCCUGCGGGCCAGCCAGGAGCAGGACCUGAGCCGCGUGGCGCAGGCGGUGGACGUGCAGGCGCAGCUGGAGAACAUCGAGUUCAAGACGCGCCUCCUGGACCGGAAGGACCUCGGCCGGGCCAUCGACAUGGAGCUGCGGCAGCUGGACGUGGACCAGUGCUACCGCUACGCCGCCUACCUCGGCCGCUUCUUCCCGGAGUCCUUCUUCGCGCGGGGCGCCGNUACCGGAAGUGGUGGUGGUGGUGAUGGCUCAGCGCCAGCAGUGCCCCAGUCGAGCGACUCGGUCGUGCGGGAGGUCUUUCAGGGAAGUCCCACCGAGUCCUCUUCGCCGCCUGGCAAACAGCUCCAACUGGAGUCGCUGGACAAGCUGAAGGGGCACAUCUUCACGAAGCACAUCCUCUACCUGCUGACCUCGAUUCGCUCCCUGCUGGACAAGUACCAGGAGGUGCUCGGCCGCUGCGACGCCGAGCUCUUCAUGAAGCUGGGGUCGCUCUUUCCGGAGCUGUCCGCGCACGAGAAGAGCGUCGACCACUACGUGGACCUGCUGCGGGCGGACAAGCUCGAUGAGACGGUGACGCUGGACUCGCUGGAGAAGACGCUCAGCUACCUCCAGUCGCUCUACAACAUCUACAUGGCGCCCUCCACUUCAACUGCUGGUGGUGAAGGUUCUUCAGCGGUGGUAACCACGACCACGACGAUCACCGAAAACCACAACAAGUUCCUCCACGACCUCCUCGAGGUCUUCCGCACCGGCACCGAGGCCGCCCUGCUCGACGUGAAGGUCCUCGGCCAGCUGACGGCCGCCGACUCCGCCCGCUUCAUCGGCGCCCUCGAGACGGCGCUCAGUGACGUGGAGCA